GUGCUAUCAACAUACCCAUUCGAUUCAAUGAUAAAUGUCAAUUUGGGAGUUGGUUUCUAUCUGUAGCAUGAAAAUCUUGUUGUUUUUGUAAUAAAACGAUUUCCAGAAACUUCAUACUCAAAUAGCGUUUCGUUUUAAAUCAUGGAGGUUAAAGAAUGUAACGACUUAGCUGAAGAAAAUCAAUUCAUUGUGGACGAUGUGAGUAAAAUUAUUAAAGAAGCUAUUGAGAAUUCAAUUGGAGGGACUGCCUAUCAGCAUAAUAAAGUUAACCAGUGGACUUCCGCCGUUGUGGAAUCUUGUUUGGGGCAAUUGACCAAGCUACAAAAGCCUUAUAAGUAUAUCGUGACAUGCACUAUCCUGCAGAAGAAUGGUGCUGGUCUACACACAGCUUCCUCUUGUUUCUGGGACAAUAAUACUGAUGGCUCAUGCACUGUGCGCUGGGAAAACAAGACCAUGUACUGCAUUGUCUCCGUGUUUGGCCUGGGAAUCUAAAUCUUCAUAAAUUACUUACACUUUUUUUUAAAUUUAAUUUUAUAUUCUGCGUAAUAUAGUAACAACCAGCCUUAGUAUUGCUUAGAACUAACAAAAUAAAAAUAUGCAUCUUGUGAGUAAAUUGGUAGUAAGAUAAUGGAUUCUUUUGUUAGCUCAGACAUUAUUUUG